GUGAAAUGGAACAUUCCACCCACUAAAGCAUCACUAGUAAAUAAAGCAAUAAAUGAAGCGCAUUCUCUUUAGUAAUGUAAGAUCCAAAAAUGUGCAUUUUCAUAGUAGCGACUGAAAUUGACAGUAGGACACUUUCAAAUGUUCAACGCGCUCCAACAACGCCGCAGCAGCAAAACAGAAGGAAAGAAAACAAUCCUAAAACGUAAACAUCAAACACAAGAGAAAGUUGCUGCAUCUGCAUCUGCUGCUGGGUAAAAAUCAUGGACGAUGAUACAAUUUACAAGAUUCUUCCGGUGCUUCUGUGUGCUUUGGCGAUCCCAGUGUCCAUGUUUUUUUGGAUAGGGAAUAUUGCUUACUCUAAGCUAGCUAGUGAUAAUCAAGAUAACGUAAUUCCCCCGACAAGAUGGCUUUUCUCGCUCUUGGUGCCCCUUCUGUUGAUGAUGUACGGCCUGAAAAGGAAGGGAGUGAACAAAUCCGGAGCUGCAUUGGGAUUUCUCUUUGCGAUCGUGCUGUCCAUCGCGUCGCACGCCUACCUGGCUUGCCUGGCUACGUUUUUCUUCAGCUCUAGCAGAGCUACCAAGUUCCGGGCGCACCUGAAGCGCAAGUUCGAAGAGGACUUCCAAGGUGGCGAAGGCCGCAGGAACUGGGCGCAGGUGAUUUGCAAUGCCGGAAUGGCUACCCAGUUGGCUUUGUUGUAUUUGUUGGAUUGUGGGUACGGAGAGCGUCCGAUUGAUUUCGGACAGCUCUAUCGAUCCAGUUGGCUGGGCAUUGCAGUUAUGAGUGCCUUCGCAUGCUCUAAUGGAGACACUUGGGCCAGCGAAUUGGGUACGGUUCUGGCGAGGGGUGAUCCAUUUUUAAUCACCAACAGGAAACGAGUCCCAAGGGGUACCAACGGGGGUGUUUCCUUCAUCGGGUUGGUAGUUAGUUUUCUGGGAGGUUUGGCAAUAGGGUUGUCCUAUUAUCUGACGGUUCGCUACACAGUGGAUUCAAAAAUUCUCGAGCUUAGCCCCAAUCAGUGGCCCGUCAUAGUGUUCGGCGGAGUGGCUGGGCUUCUGGGAUCCAUUGUGGAUUCAAUCAUCGGCGCUACCCUCCAAUACUCAGGGGUUGACCCAAGGGGGAAGAUCGUAGAGCGGCCGGGAAAAGGGGUUAAACAUAUUUGUGGCGUUAGGAUUCUGGACAAUCAUAGCGUGAAUCUCAUCAGCAGCAUAAUCACAGCCCUGCUGAUGCCAUCAGUGGCUAUGCAGUUUUGGAACCAUUUUUGACGGGGGAAACUUUAUUUUUCCUGGGGCGUCGUUACUUCAAGUGCUAAUAAUAAUGUUUGUCAUCUAAACUUUUUUUUACAUCACAGGUCGACGAUAAUUUUAGGCUAUAGCAUGCUCCGUGUGGUUUCAAUGGCGAUUGCGAUCUUAAAAGACUAAUAUAUUUUUUGCAACCUGUA